AUGGCUGCAGCCGUGUAUCCGGAGCCGGAAUGCAGGAGUAAGCGCGGCUUUCUGGGCCCCGACAACUCUGCGCUCUCCUUGCAGGAUCGCCAUGCAAAGUACCGCCAUGUCGGCACCCUCAUCAACGUCUUCACCCUUCUCGGCUCCGUUGUCGGCCAGCUCUGCUUUGGCUUCCUCGCCGACUACUACGGCCGGACCCGCCUCUACGGCAUCGAGCUGGUCCUCGUGAUCGUCUCCACCAUCGGCGUCGCUACCAGCAACUAUGGGUACAAGGACUUGUCCUUUCUGGGCUUGUUCAUCUGGUGGCGCUUUGUUAUGGGAAUAGGCAUCGGUGCGGAGUAUCCGCUGAGUGCGGUCAUAACCGCCGAGUGGGCCAGCACCUCUUCCCGUGCUACCAUGCUGUCGUCGGUCUUCCUGAUGCAGCCGGUCGGCCAGGCAUUGGCCCAGCCGGUCGGCCUGUGGGUGGUCCUAGGUCGCGAGGACUUGUACCACCUUCAGGCCAUGCAGUGCGGCAUCAACACCAAGAACGAGGACAGGUGCCGUCAAGCCAUCGAUGGCAUCUGGCGUAUCGUCAUCGGCUCUGGUGCCGUGCCCGCCCUGCUCGGCACCGCGACCACAUGGUUUCUUCUCGAUGUCAGCUUCUAUGGCUCUUCGCUCGACAAUAGCGGCGUGCUUGCCGACUUGUGGGCCACCCGCAGCCCACCGGCCCUCGAUAGCUCGCUCUUCUGCUAG